AUGGGUGUUUACACUGACACAAAUGAGUACCCCUCUCCAAUCUCUCCAUCAAGGUUGUUCAAGGCCUUGGUUGUUGAUGCUCACGACCUCAUUCCAAAACUUCUGCCACAUGCUGUGAAGAGCAUUGAAAUCAUACAAGGAAAUGGGGGGCCAGGAAGCAUCAAACAGUUUAACUUUGUUGAAGGCAGCCAAGUGAAAAGUGUUAAGAACCGGAUUGACGAGAUAGACGAGGACACAUUUACUUACAAUUACUCAUUGAUUGAAGGUCAAGCAUUGAAGGAUAAGUUUGCAUCCAUUGCUCAUGAGAUUAAGUUUGAAGCAGCACCUGAUGGUGGUAGCGUGAGUAAAGUAACAAACAAGUAUUAUCUUAAAGGUGAUGUCCAGAUUAAUGAAGAGGACACAUUAAGACUUAUCACGAUAGAGUGA